AUCAAGUUGUGUGUUGUUUUUGAAAGGACAACUUCUACAGAUGGAUGAUAAUGUAUUGAUUCCUUUUGUUGGGAUUGAGAACGGAUUGGUAUUAUAUUGGAAGAAAAGACAUCAUUGGCUAUGAACACUUAUUUGUAUCUCCGCGGUGAAAAGACUCGUUCUUUUGCUGUCGAUGUUCAUCCCGUUGUUUUGUUAAAUAUGGCAGACCAUCAUUUGAGAAGAACGGAACAACAACAUAGAGUCAUUGGGACACUACUAGGUAGAGUAAACGUCGACGGUACUGUGGAAAUCACCGAGUCUUUUCCCGUUCCUCAUAGCGAAACAUCGGAAGAAGUAGCAGUGGAUAUUGACUAUCAUAGGACUAUGUAUGAGCUGUCUCGUCGAGUGUCAACAGACGAAGUCAUCGGUUGGUACGCAACCGGUGGAUUACCAGAUGAAAACUCGGUAUUGAUUCAUGAGUUUUAUUGUAGAGAAUGUACGUCCGGAAUAGUUCCCGUGCACUUGUUGAUGAGCGGUGAAACAAAGUCCGACUUUGGGGUGAGGGCGUACAUCAGUUGUGGACUGAAGAUCGGUGAACAGUUAUUGAAUACCGAAUUUCAACCAGUAGAAGUUGGAGUGAUUUCCGGAGUACCUGAGGCAGUGGGAUAUGAAGGACUGUUGGAAAGUGGUCGCCAUGUUGAAAAAAGUGACUUGGCUUCCGUUUCUUCGGAAUUGGAUAAUCUCAAGUCAAGCUUGCAAAAAUUGCACAGUUUAUUGGAAAAAGUAGAGAACUAUGUGAGACAAGUAGUGAAAGGAACAAAGAAAGGAGAUAUAUCUGUUGGGAGAUAUAUAUCGGAUACGCUAUCGAUGAUACCACAGUUGGAUAACGCGAGUAUAAAGAAACUAUUUGGAGACCAGUUGAGGGAUCUCUUAAUGAUACUUUACUUAGAUAAGUUGACUUGGGCAAAUGUUCGAUUGGCAGAAAAGUUUUUGACAGUGGAACUGGAAAAUACGUCGUAGUGACUUGAAUAAAAAAACAACACGAUAA